AUGUAUGAGAGUCUCAUUUUUAAUAUUUCAGUUGAAAAUAGUACUGGAGAAAAUCUAUGCGAUGUACUUUUAAAUAUAUUACGUGAGCUGAAUAUACCUUUGAGUAAUAUGCGAGGACAAGGAUAUGACAAUGGAGCCAAUAUGAAAGGUGUGCACUCCGGAGUCCAACGGCACAUUCGAAAUAUUAAUCCACGUGCAUUUUUUGUUCCUUGUAGUGCGCAUUCCUUAAAUCUUGUUGUAAAUGAUGCCGCAAAAUCUUCAAAAGAAGCUGUAGCGUUUUUUGAUAUAAUUCAAAAAGUAUUCAACUUUUUUUCUGCCUCAACUAUUCGUUGGCAAAUUCUUUUAAAACAUGUUAAAGAACUAACACUCAAACCAUUAAGUCAAACCCGGUGGGAAAGUCGAAUAGACGCACUUAAACCGUUUCGAAAUUACAUAGGUGAAAUUUAUGAUGCUUUGUUUGAAAUAUCAGAAAAUAUAAAUUUAGAUCCGAUGGUAAAACAUGAAGCUGAAUGUUUAUGUAAUCUUAUUAAAACAUUUAAAUUUAUUUGUUCUGUUGUCAUUUGGUACAACAUACUUAAUCAUAUAAAUCCAGUUAGUAAAUUAAUGCAAAAACCAAAUUUUGACAUAUCUUUAGCUUUGGGCAUUUUAGAAACUUUAUUGAAACAUUUAAAUGAACUGAGAUCUGAAGAAUAUUUUGAGAAAAUGAUUAUAGAUUCAACAGCACUUGCGACGGAAAUGGGAGUAGAGUCUGUUUUUGAGAACUCACGGGGUAGAGUUAAACCACGACGUACUCAACUAUUAAAACAUUGCAAAGACUUACAAAUUCUUCUUACCGAUGGUGAUUCAACAGAUAUCAAUGGAAUUGAAAUGGCCCAUGAAUUAAAGUCAGUAUCAGCUAUGGUUGAUGAUAACUUAACACCUUAUGAACUCUUAACAUUUGUGAUAAAUGCAGGUGACUUUGCACCAAACCUAUCCAUUGCCUUACGAAUUUUGAUAACAUUACCAGUAUCAGUGGCAACUGGUGAAAGAAGUUUUUCGAAAUUGAAACUUAUCAAAACAUACUUACGCUCAACAAUGAAAAACGAACGACUUUGUGGUCUAGCCAUGAUCUCAAUUGAACACGAAGUUGGUCAAGAAUUAACAGAGAAAAAGUUAGUCGACGAUUUUGCUAAGUUAAAAGCAAGAAAACAUUUAUAA